CGGAAAGCGCCCUUUUGUGCAGGGAAGGCACAGCCGCGCAGCCCCUUAAACCCUGCAGCAGGCAUGGCAGACCUGUUAUACAAGAGACUGGAAUUGAUUGACAAGGAGGUUCAGGACACUAAGACGGAGCUGAAGGCGACCUUGGAGGAGCUUCGCAAAAGUCCCGGACACAAUCCUUUUUGCCGAGCGCCACCGAGCUGGUCGAAGCCCUUGCAGACCUCAAUGCACGCCGUAAAAAACUGGAGGACAAGCCGUAUAAGGCACGUGCGGCAGCAUUCAUAUCCGCUGCAUGCAUGCGGCUCCCCUGCCGCUCCCACGGCGUGCGGGCGCGGCGGCUAGCCUGGGCUUGGAGAGCGCGACAGGAGUCAAUGAGUUUCUGGUUGUUCUGUGGCAGCGGGACCUGCUCGGGAGCUGCAAUUCUACGCAUUCGUACGCGAGGGCGGCCUGGCGACGCGCCCGUACCUGUCACCCCCCUGCACAACCUGGUCGAACCAGACGAUUGGGCCCAGUGGGUGCUGCCCGCGGCCAAAGGAGCUGGUGGCCCGACAUCCCACGGCUGGGUUCAUGCGCUCCGUGACGCGGUGGAGGACAAGCCUGACGACGACGAGAUGAUGCCGGACCUGACGCCGACGGCGCUGGACGCUGCGGCAGCUGCGGCCCGGCGUGCGGCCCCCAAGCGGAGCCGGGAGCAGGAACAGGCGGCGGCCGCGGCGGGCGAGGCGGCGCUGGCGCUGGCCAUCCGGGAGAGCGAGGCGGCCAAACAGGCCCUGGCGGCGGCGGCGGCGGUGCAAGCCGCCGCGACGGCCGCGGCGGCGGCAGCAGCGGCCGGGGCGGCGGGCACCCCGGCGGCGGCUGAGGCCGGGGCGGCCGCGACGGCGGCCGCGGCUGCGGGCGCGAGUGGCACUGUGACCGCCGUGGAGGCCACCGCUGCGGCGGGCGUGGAGGCGGCCUCGCCGCCGGCCGCGCCGGUGUCAACGGCUGGCGUGGGUGGCAUCGUGGGCCCGGCGGCACUGCCCGCGGGGUGGAGUGGCGGCGGCGGCGUGGGUAAUGAGGGCCUGGCGGGCGGCGUCGGCCAGGGGCUGCUGGUGGAGGCGGAGGCGGCGCUGGGUGUCAACGCGAAGCUGCAGUGUCAGGGCAGGCGGGGCGGUCCUGCGACUUCAUGGACGUUAGCUCGGUCGCCCCGCCCGGGGGCGGGCAGCAGUAAUGCGGCGGCAGAAGCAGGCCGCUCCUGGGCCCCAACCCUUGCGGGUGGGGUCGUAUAACUUGCGGGGGCUGCGGAGGCGGGUGCCCCACCUGGGGUGCUCGCGCCUGCACGCCCUGCUGAGCUGCUGGGAACGGCAGCGCCUGGAUGUGGUGUAUCUCCAAAAGACGCACGUUCUUGACUCGGACAGUGAUUGACCUUGUCACGGCGGACCUGGCGGCAGCCGCUCAGCGGCUGCAUGCACGCGAGUGGACUGCGUGGUGGGCGCCGGCCCAGAAGCCGGCUGGCCGUCGUGUUACUGGCGGCACGGCAAUCCUCAUUCGUUCGAGCCUUCUGCAGCAAGGCGCCAUGGUGCUCACUGGCGGCGCAGCUGCCGUGUCGGUGGCGGCUGGCGAGUGGGCGGGCCGCGGUGUCAGUUUACAGGUGCCGUGGGGCGGCCACACCUUCACGCUGACGUCAGCCUACUUUCCCCUGGCAUCCACAGCGCAGCAGGCUUUCAUUCCGGCAUCCGUAUCCGCUACAUGCAUGCGGCUCCCCUGCCGCUCCCACGGCGUGCGGGCGCGGCGGCUAGCCUGGGCUUGGAGAGCGUCAACGAGUUUCUGGUUGUUCUGUGGCAGCGGGACCUGCUUGGGAGCUGCAAUCCUACGUAACCGUACGCGAGGGCGGCCUGGCGACGCGCCCAGACGACGCGGACGACCCAGGCUGUCACGGCUGUGCUGAGAGCGCAACAUGCCUGCUACCCGCUGUGGGUGCUGCCCGCGCGAGAGGCGCGACCUGACACUAACCCCCAAUUCCACAGACCCCUUAAAUUGCUUAGUGCAGUGGGCGCGCGCGACUGCAUUAGCAUCCACGACUGACACGGGCCCAUGACUGACAUGCCUGAAGAUUUUGUGGCACAUGAGGGCGCAUGACUGACGGUCAGUGAUCAAGCGUGCUUUCAUGCGUCCCUCAGGAAGUAAGGUAGGCAUGAUUACCCAGCUACCGACAUUUCGACCUUCCGACAUCUAAGGCACACAGCCAGUUCGAAGAGCUAGGGUUCGCAGACACGGGAUGGCAAGGAACCGGCCACCACGGCAACGGGCAACCGACGGUGGGAAGGAGAGAAGCGUGAUCCCCGGGAACAGCGUGACACGCCUGUACUUCGGAAUUGCGCAAUGGGCCCCCUGGGUCGCCGGAUGGUGCUGACGACCAG